AUGGAAUCAGUUCAAGAUGCUGGCAUUGUUCUUCUCUCACCAAUGCAGGACACAUUUUACGCGAAGAAUAUGUAUGCAAAUUUCGGUGAAAUUGGACAGAAUAUUAAAGAAUUGAUGACUGAUUUUCAACGAAAAGCACAAACGAAUCAGAAAUUAGAAUCUAUUGCCGAUAUGAAAAACUUCGUUGAGCAAUAUCCACAAUUCAGGAAAAUAUCUGGAACCGUAUCGAAGCAUGUUAUGGUUGUUGGUGAAUUAUCACGAAUUGUUUCGUCGAAUAGCCUUCUUGAAGUAUCUGAGGUCGAGCAGCAAGUUGCAUGUGAUGGUGAGCAUUCGCAUUGUUUGAAUGACAUACGACGGUUGCUGCAAAACCAACAUAUCACUGAUAUUGAUGCGUGUCGAUUAGUGAUGUUGUAUGCGCUCCGAUUUGAAACACACACCAACAACGAUAUCAGUGGUCUUGUUCAACUCUUGAAACGUCGUACGUCAAACACACGGCUAAUCAGCGCCGUAAGAGCGGUUUUGGACUUUGCGGGUGCAUCGCGCCGUCAGAAUGACUUAUUCGGUGGUAGUGCGAUGGCGAUGACGAAGCGCAUCAUAAAAGGCUUGAAAGGAGUCGAGAAUAUCUACACCCAACACGAACCUUAUCUAUGUCAACUAAUUGAUUCGAUCGCUAAAGGACGUCUUUCCGAAACUGCAUAUCCACACGUCACUGCGGCACAUAGCAAUCGAAUUGAUAAUGUGAUAGUAUUCAUAAUUGGUGGAGCAACUUAUGAGGAAUCACGAGCAGUGUAUUCGGCAAAUGAACGGAAACGAACAGGUUCGGGUGGUGGUAAUUCACCUGCCGUUCUGUUGCUUUCUACUUGUAUGCUUAACGCGAAGAGGUUUGGUUUUUUUAUUUAUUUCAUGCAUUCAUUCGAAUUUUGUAGUGUUUCAUCUUUUGUUUGCAAUUCAAAAUUGUUUUCUAACCUCCAAAACUGA